AUGAGGUUGCCACGGAACCUCGGAUCAGGACUUGUCAGGACUCCACUCUCGCUUCAGCCUUUGCCAGCCCCAGCAACCCCAAUGGCCUCAGUGGCCAUGCUGGACCUGGGCAGCCAGCAGGAGCACUGGGAGAUGUCCCAGAAGUGGCUCAUCUUCCAGGGCACAACCAAGCUGCUGCUGGAUACCUUCCAAUACCAGAGCCUGGUGAAGCACACAGGGGACUGCUACUGUGGAGCUUUGAAGUUGGGCCUCAGCAACUUGCACAUCUUUGACUGCAAUGGCAGCAUUUACAAGAAGAGGAAUAAACACUUUUUUGUUCUGGCUUCUUGCUUCAGGCUCAAGAAGGGCCUAACCAAAUGCACAUUCAACAGGCACAAAGCACAACACGCCUUCUGUAAGAGAAGUGGUAUUCAGAGCUUUUACACUCCCUGUUCAAAUCCCGGAGGUCCAGAAUUGCCCCCACACUGCCUGGAUGAGGGCACUGCCAGGGAUGUGGUCGUUGAGAAAUCCAAUGACAUCUAUUGGGAGAAAGCCAUAAUAGAGCAUAAGACCAUCAAGAACAUGUCUAAAGGGUGA